UACGCCAUUUCAGGAACCAAAGGCGCAGAGAUUUUGUUGUUGGAAUUAGGUCAAUUUAGAAACGGUGAUAGAAGACUUGACAUUUCUUCUUUUAAAACUGUAUUUUUGUGUCACCAAUCAUAUUUUCACUGGGAAAAGCGAGCUUUUUAGCCCUACUGUAGCAGUUCUAGCAGUGUAAAAGAAUGAAGAGGGUGAAGGUCGAAGAGAAUGACAGUGGUGGCCCCUCCAGCAAUGGCCCAGCGAAGACACGCAAGAAGGCAUGGCAGCAGCCAAGAGAGGAAAAGGAGGUCUUCAUCUGUGACUGGACACGUCUUCCUCAGGAAAUCUUACUCCACAUCUUUCAGUAUCUGCCCCUCCUUGACCGGGCGUUCGCCUCGCAGGUGUGCCGUGACUGGAACCAUGCAUUUCACAUGCCAGAACUGUGGAGGUGCUUCGAGUUUGAGCUCAACCAGCCGGCCAGCUCAUACCUGAAGGCCACGCAUCCAGACCUCAUCAAACAGAUCAUUAAGAGGCACUCUAACCAUCUUCAGUAUGUCAGCUUCAAGGUGGACAGCAGUACAGAGUCAGCAGAGGCAGCCUGUGACAUCCUGUCCCAGCUUGUGAACUGUUCUUUGAAGACUCUGGGUCUCAUCUCCACAGCCAGACCUAGCUUCAUGGAACUGCCUAAGUCUCAUUUCAUCUCAGCUCUGACUGUGGUGUUUGUCAACUCCAAGUCCCUGUCCUCCCUGAAGAUUGAUGACACGCCAGUGGAUGACCCGUCUCUGAAGGUGCUGGUGGCCAAUAACAGUGACACUCUGAAGCUGCUGAAGAUGAGCAGCUGUCCCCAUGUCUCACCUGCAGGGAUCCUGUGUGUGGCCGACCAGUGCCACGGCCUGAGAGAGCUUGCGCUCAACUACCACCUGCUGAGUGACGAGCUCCUACUGGCCCUGUCUUCAGAGAAACACGUGCACCUGGAGCACCUGCGCAUCGACGUGGUGAGUGAGAACCCGGGACAGCAAUUCCACACCAUCAAGAAGAGCAGCUGGGACGCCCUGGUGCGCCACUCGCCCAAGGUCAACCUGGUCAUGUACUUCUUCCUCUACGAGGAUGAGUUCGGACCCUUCUUCUGCAACGAGACCCCCGUAACCCACCUCUACUUCGGCCGUUCCGUCAGCAAGGACGUCCUUGGCCGGGUGGGGCUGCACUGCCCCCGCCUGGUGGAGCUGGUGGUGUGCGCCAACGGGCUGCGGCCCCUGGACGAGGAGUUGAUCCGCAUCGCCAAGCGCUGCACCCAGCUAUCAGCCAUCGGGCUUGGCGAGUGCGAGGUAACCUGCAGUGCCUUUGUGGAGUUUGUAAAGAUGUGUGGCCGGAGGCUGUUGCAGUUGUCCAUCAUGGAGGAGGUCCUUAUACCGGAUCAUAAGUACAACCUGGACGAUAUCCACUGGGAGGUUUCCAAGCACCUGGGACGCGUCUGGUUCCCCGACAUGAUGCCCACCUGGUAGAGGCCUGGGAGCCAUUGAACACACAAUUGAGGCCACAGUCAUCAUGUUGGUACCAGACAUUAGAAGGGCCGUCACUUUCUAUUGAGGCUUUUUCCUAGUUGUGACAUUUCAGGAAUGUUAAGAAGUAUGGAAAGUGCCAACACGGAAAGCGUUUUGCUCAUUUCCUGAACUCUGCGUAUGUUAGAGCUAAAGCUUCCUCCUUCGAAGAUGAACUGGGCAAAUAGCCUAGGUAAUGCAGGUCGUCAAAUUGUACAGACAAAUACUAGAUGGUAAAACAUUUUAAAACGGCAUCCAGCAACCCUGCCUUGGAGGGCAACAUAACUACAAGUACAACAUCAACUUGGCCAGGCAUUGCACUUUUCUGAGAAAAUCACCAGCUGGCUCCAUCCACAAUCAGUCACUAUUACAGGCAGCAACUGGGGCCUUCAGCAGUGUUUUUUAUUUUAUUACUGUGUUGAAUAUUUACGGUUGUUAAUGUUAAUUCUUGAGGUUUGUUUUUUGGUUCUUUUAAAAAACUAUGGGUAGGGUUAUGUACCAAAACCCGGUGCUAAUAUGACACCGGUACCUAUUUGACCGGUACUGGACCGAAUCAGAACCCUGAUUUCAGUGCCUCAUUUUGGUGCCACUUAGGCUGUAUACCUGAGCUGUCAAUUGAAAUAUUUGCCCUCUGGUGCUCCAAAACGGACAUAAGAAGCAUCAUCACAGCACAUGAUCGCUGGUUGAAUUAUACUGCAUUCAUGUGGUGUCAGAAAAACAAUUUCUGGGCUGAGAAAAUUCACAAGAAUGCAAGUCGUAACACGGAAAGUCAAAGAACAUGGCAGUGAUAUUUAAAAAAAUAAAAGACGUUCUUUAAUGUAAUUUACAUUGUUUUGUGGCUUUUUAAAGUAUUGGUUCAGGCACCGUUUAGGCAACGGAACCGGUUAAAAGUAUCGAUUUGGCACCUGCAUUGUAAAAACCCAAACGAUACCCAACCCUAACGGACACUGCCGCAUAGUCCAGGACAAUGGACAACCUGAGAUUUGAACAAGAACUCUGCACUUUUUUAUAACAAAUGUUAGUGUUUGAGGAAUGUAAUGUGUAUAGCUUCUGUAAAGGACAUUUAACAAUUAUGUACACUUAAACAAAAGUUUCAUUAAGUUGGGGUAUUCUAUCAAUCAGGCUAAACUUGCCGAACAAUGGUUUUAUAUAUACACAUGCACACACAGUACAAUGCAGUACAAAGUCUUUAGCACAAAAAAUAUAUAUAAUAUAAAUUACAAAGAAAUAAUUAAAUGAAGAGGGUAAACAAAUAUUUUUUCAACAUUGCACUUUUAUACUGCAGCACAAAUACUAAAGUCAAGAAAAUACAUAUUUAAGAGAAUAUUAAUGUAAACCAGGACUUUGGCACAAUACUGUUUAUUACUUUUUUUUACUACAUUUAAACUAUAUACAAUACAGUAUUGUCCAUAAAUGAGACCACUAAGAUAUUUCUAUUUUGCAUUGAUUUUGUUUCAAAUGUAAUACUAAUGUUUUCAUUACAAAUUAUAUUUGCCAAAAACUGAUGACCCAUGUUAUCCUAGCAUAAUUCUCAUGAUUCUCAUGUCGGCUCUCGCAGUCUUCAAUUCUCCCAUGAAAUGUUCUAUGUUAUCUCAGACUUGUACAUAAAGUACUACUUCUGUAUAUAUUGAUAAAUAAAAUGUUGGUGAAACUGGUAGAUUAUUAUGGUGUUUUAUCUUAAACUAUGGUUAAUCAGUAGCCAGUGUUCUGAAGGUUAGUACCGGUGUCUCUUUCUGAUUGCUUUGAUAGCUUUUGUUUAGCUUGUUUGGUCCCCGACCUUGGUUCUACCCCUCAGACUCCAGUGCAAUAGUAAUUUGAUAAAAUACCAUUACAAAAUGAAAAAUAUAUGUACAUAUGAAACUUGUAUGAAUAAACAUGCCUUGUUAGACAUCUUGAGUGA